AUGCUGGCAGACGCCAGCCAAGACGGCGCAGGCGUCUGGCCGGGCAGGCAGAGGACACGGGCGUCAGCCAGCGAGAGGGUCAUCGACAACCCGGACAGCGCCAACUCGAGCGCCGACGGCGCGGCGGCGCAGAUGCUUCUGAACCAGCCGUUGACCGCCACCCAGCCGGCAGUCCUUGGGCAGGGGACUGCUGGCGCGACCGCGCCCGCGCAAGGUCCCUUCCCGCGCCCGCCUGACAAGCUGCGCGCCGUCACGCCCGUGGUCGUGUUCGCCCCUGACGCCGCGCCUGGCUUUGCCGGCGGCGGCUGCCGCCACAACGACCACCACCACGACACGUUUGGGUUCGUGGGCACGAUACGCGCGUCGCUGUUUGGCGGCGAGGAGGUGGAGCCGGGGGCGCUGACAGAGGACGAGCUUGAAGGCCUCGACGCACAGCUGGCGGCCGCGCAGGAACUGCUGCGGAGAGCGGGGCUCGACCCCAGUGCGCAUCCUGAACGGGCUGCGGCGAGCGCUGCUGCCGCGGCGCAGCCGGGCAGGAGCGCGUGGGCGGAGGGCCGCCAGGAGAAGGCGGGCGGCGACGCCGCAGCGUUGGGAGGGGCGCCCGCGUCUGUGCUGAGUGGUUGGCGCCCUCCCAGGCCGUCGCCGCUGGGCGGCGGCGCUGGGGCGGGUCCGGAGGUGCAGGCGGCUCCCAAGGCCCCGGGCACCGUGCUACUGCGCCGUGCGGCCGCCCUGCUCGACCGCGACGACGGCGACGCGGGGCGGCGCGAGUGGACGCGGGCGGCGGCGCGCCGCGGCCACUGGUAUGGCUGGCUGGUGCUGGCCGUCGAGCUGGUGGGCGUCACUGCGGUGCUGCCCUACGGCCUGCUGCUGGUCCUGCACACCGCCAGCGCGCACACCCCGGGGCUGCCGCCGGACAACGGCCGCUGGCUGCUGCCACCAGAGAAGCACUUUUCGGUGCAUGUCCUUGUGCCAUGCUACAAGGAGAGCGUAGCCACUGUGGCGGCUACCCUGAAGGGUGCCUUGGACGCGCACCUGCCCCCCGGCUGCCGCCGCACGGUGUACCUUUGCGAUGACGGGAAGGACCCGCAAAAAGAGGAGCUGGUGGCUGCGCUGGGGCCGGAGGCGCGGUACAUCACUGGCCGCGAGCGCGCCCAGGGGGAGAUCAACGGCAAGAGCGCCAACCUCAACAACGCUCUGCGCAACGUGAUCUUCGAGGGGCGCGCUGCGGCCGACAUCCCCCAGUCCGAAGUGUUCAACAACUCCAACGCGCAGUUCUGGGAGCUAGUUCUGCCGGGCUGCGACGCGCUUGGCUACGUCGCCUGCACUGGCACCAACUUCUGCAUCCGCGCGGCUGCCCUGGCGGCGGUGGGCUGGUUUCCAGAGUACACAAUCACUGAGGGUGGGUGGGGAGACAACGUGGGCACUAGCGGGCCCGGGUGCACGAGGGUGCUGUUCAGCCGCCGCUGCCCACUGUUUCGCCGCGGGCUGUCCCCCCUCCAUCGCCUGCUCUACACCAACGGCACCUGGUCAUACUUCGCAAACGUGGCCACAUCCGUCAUAUUUGGCCUCAUCCCAUUCAACUCCCUCGUCCUGGGCCUGCACCCCUGCACCUUCAGCGUCCACUUUGCGGCCGCGAGCAUGCUGCACCUGGUGACGGGGCAGCUUCUCACCGGCUUCUGCAGGGAGCCGGGGCAGAUGCGGUCCAUGUGGCUGGCGGCGGUGUCGAACCACGUCCUAUGCUUCACCUUCCUUAAGGCAAUCGUCAACACCCUCCUCUCCCAGAUGGGCCUCAAGGGUCGUUCUGGAUUCAAGGCAACAGACAAGAAGGCGCCACCCCCGGGAGUGGCCCGGCUGGUCAUCCAAGACGCCCUCGAGCGCCUGCGCGCCUUUAGCGUGGCGGCCGGCACCCUCCUCGGCCGCGCGGUCCACGGCGCCACCAGGACCCUGACCCUGCGCCGCCGCGGCGGCCAGAGUGGGACGGACCCACCGGCGCCCGCGUGGCCGCCGGGCGGCGGCGGGAUGGCGGGACUCCUGCCGUCCCCGCGAUUUGGAACUGCAAGGACCGCGACGGCGGCGCUGCGCGCUGCUGGGUCGACCGUUGGCCCCGACGGCUCCUGCGUCGUCACCGCGCGCCAGGUGACCGUUGCAGUCGACAAGGGCGCGACAACGUCCACUCUCUUCCGGGGCGACGGGGCGCCCCACGGCGGCUCGGAGGACGGUGGAGCACACGGCAAGCAGGGACGCUUUGCCUGGCUGCGGGCAAAUCUGGACACGAUGGGCGGCGUGCUGGACCCCUGGUGGCUCCUGACGAGCCUGGCGGUCAGCGUGUUUGCGCUGGUCGCCGGCGCGUACCAGGCGGCACGGCCGGGCGGCGCGCUGAACGCCUGGAGGGCCGAGACGCUCCUGCAGGCCCUAGCCGCGGGCCACCUCGACGCCUUCCAGCUCCUGGCGCUCUGCUGGGCCGCCUACAACGCCCUCCCCCCUGCGCUCUUCUUCGUCUACAUCUGCUCGCGCGGCCGCCCCCUCCGCUGGGCCGUCGCCGCCGCGCACGCCGCCAGCGCCCUGCUGGCGGCCGCGGCGGUUGUCUGCCUGUGGCUGCUCAUUCCGAACUUCUACAGCCUAACCGCCGCCAUGCCGCCCGUCGCCGGCUUCCUUGACGCCAUGCGCGCCGCCGGGCCCCUGCCCCUUGAGGCUGCGGCCGCCUACCCCUGGCUGGACGCGGUACUGCCGUCCGACGGCGGCUUGGGGGACGUCGUUCCUGGCGGCUUCUACUCUGACGGCGCGACGUUCAUCAAGUCCACGCUGCCGCAGGCGUGGGCGGUCGCGCUGAUAGCGUGGGGCCUGGUGGAGUUCCCACGCGGCUACCAAAAAGCGGGCAUCACGCUCCGAGUGGAGUCCACCCUGCGUUUCGGGGUUGACUACCUCAUGGCCUGCCACGACCCCAACCAAGGGACCCUGGUGGUGCAGGUAGGAGACCCUGCAGACUAUGCAGUCGGCACAAACAGCAGCUGGGGCGGACUGGACAACCGCCCAGGCAACAGGCCGCCCUACAGAAUAAGCAAUUCAAGCCUCGGCGGCGCCGAAGUUGCUGCGUCCGCCGCCGCGGCCCUCGCUGCCGCCUCCGUUGCGCUGCGCCCAAGCGACCCUGUUUACGCCGCCCGCACCCUCGCGCGCGCUGGGCAGCUGCUCGCCCUCGCGCGGCAGCUGCGCGUGCGCAGCAACGCGACGUACUGCGCCGUCCUGGACUGCUCGGCGGGCGGGCCGUCUGCUGGGGCCGGCGGCGGCGGCGGCAGUGGUGUCAGAGGCGCCUACCCGUCUUCCAGCGUGGACGAUGACCUGGCAUGGGCGUCGGCCUGGUUGUACAAGGCAACUGGGGACCCUGAACACCUGGCUGAUGCGCAGGCCUCCCUGAAACUCCACUGGCAGCGUGAGGCCGCCUGGGGCAGCGCCGCAUACUACUCCACGAGCUAUGACAGCGGGCCCGCCUUCGGCGCUGCCGUGCUGCUCGCGGGUGCAGUGCCGCGGGCGGAGCGACGUGAUUUCCAGCGACCAAUAUUGCUGCUGCUCCGCGGCUGGAUGCUGGGAAAGAACGAGUUUGCAGACGUGACGCAGUUGACGCCGCGCGGGCUGCGCUGGAUGGGGCCCGAACCGCUGCCCAGCGCCGCGGGGCAGGCGAUGCUGGCGCUGCUGGCCGCGCGAGGCGGUGCGGAGGGCCUCGAGCUGGAGCAGCGGCUGCAGACGAACGUGCGGUGCUUUGCCCACGGACAGAUCACCUAUAUCCUUGGCGGAUCCACGGGCCCUGAGCGCUCCUUCAUCGCCGGGGUUGGAACGGCGCCGCCCACGCGCCCCCAGCACCGCCUGGCCGCCUGCCCAGACAGCGGCGGCGCACCCUGCAACAUCGCGGCUCCAGAGCCGAAUCCGCACGCAUUGACAGGCGCCCUAGUGGUCGGCCCCGACGCGCGGGACGCAUUUUCGGACGACAGGUCCAGCCCCCAGAGCCGCGUGGGGCUGCACUACAACGCGCCACUGCUGGGGGCGCUGGCUGGCCUCGUGCACAUGGGGGUGGCGGCGGGCCACUGCCAAGGUGGCCGCGGGUUUGUGCAGUCAGAGGCGCUGCCAUAUGCGCCUUGA